GUAGAAACGAAUUCAAGUUUUACAAAUGUUCCGUCCAGCCCACUAUGGUCCCAAUUCCGUUUUUUUUGGCAUAAAGUCAAGAAACUUGUUGAUAGAUUUUUACAAAAAAAGUACGUAUUCUUAACAGAAACGCGUCAGGGAACUCAUAUUAAAAAAUUUAAAAGUGUUGGGGGCAACACUGUACCUAAUAUAAGCUGUCAAAGUGGAAGUAUUGAAAUUGUUUCUUUUAACAAUAACUGUUGUGUGGAAAAGCUGUAAACAAAAACAAGUGUAAAUUUAAAGCGUUGUGAAUUAGUAAAAAAAAAUAAAAUGCAAAACUUUAGCCAAGAAACAUUCGUAUUUCAACACGAGGAAUUGCUCAACAUUUGGGAAGAAUGCGGCCGCAAAAGCGACGUUGUUUUCGAAUGGGUGAUUAAAAAGAUUAAAAACAACGAGCUUAGUUUGGAAAAAAAGGAUGACAUUCGAAAAAAAAUACGAAAUUUGUUUAGCUAUGUGACAAAAAAACUUUCGAAUUGCAACAGAUCGUUAAAAAGAUUUAAAGAAAAGCACGCAACAUGGAUUUCUGCAACCGCUGUUAUUUCGAUUAGCGACAAAGAUUAUGAAAAACCCUGUUCAAGUAAAAUUGGACGACCACAAGUAAAUUAUACAUGCGCAAAGGACAGAAUGAAGCGAAAGCUGGCAAAUGAUCUUUCAUCAGAACAAGAUCAUAAUACUGAUUUAAUGGUUCAUGCAACUAAAAUUUCUGCUAGGAAAUCUAACAAUAAGGACCUGACGUUUGUUUUAAAACAUAUUACAAGUUCUCCGACGCGGCCUAACUUCCGCAGGGAUCGAACCCGCGUCAUCGAUGUGCAAACUUCUACGGCUUAG